AUGAAACCCACACAGGUUCUCGAUGCUAAAUCAGUCAUAGGUUCGCAGAGCGCUUCGUCGCCAGCACCGGCUGCGGCCCCGAAAACAGGUCGCUUCCGCCGGUUCCUGCUCUACUUGAUUCUCACUUCGGGCUUUGCCUACGGUGGAAGUAUCUUCCUUGCGCUGAAAUCCGACAACUUCCACGAUUUCUUCACGGAGUACGUCCCCUACGGUGAGGAGGCUGUCCUCUACUUCGAAGAGCGUGACUUUUACCGUCGAUUCCCCAACACCCUCGGAACCCAGAAGCGCGGUGGCUCCAAGGAUGAAGGCCCCAAGAUCACAAUCCCGAGCAAGAGCGGUCUCUCUUCGAAGGUUGCUGAGGAGGAGGAAUCCGGAACCGAUGUUUCCCAGAGAGGUCCUCACAUGAGUGCUGUACGCAAGAGUGAGGAGGCGCAGGUCAAGACCGAGGCUGCCAAGCCUGAGGAGAAGACGGCCGCCGUGGAAACGGCGAAGAGCAACAAGGCUGCCAAGGAAGCACCCAAGCUUGAGGAACCCAGGCAGCCUGCUGUUCCUGCUGUGGCGCCCCUUGAGUUCGCCAAGGUGAACGAGGGCGACGAGGCAAUCGUCCAGGAGCUGGUUAAAACUUUCAACGACAUCAUCACUGUUAUAGGUGCCGAUGACAACGCGGGCAAGUACACUACAUCCAUCCAGAAGGCCAAGGAUGAGCUCCAGAAGGUUGGAGACAAGAUCAUCGCUGUUCGGGAGGAGGCACGCCGCGCCGCCCAAGACGAGAUCGCGCAGGCCCAUUCGACUUUCGAUGAGUCUGCUCGUGAGCUCAUCCGUCAGUUUAACGAAGCACGCUCUGUUGAUGCGGCUCAGUUCCGGGAAGAAUUCGAGGCUGAGCGCGAGAAGCUGGCCAACGCCUACCAGGACAAGAUCAACACCGAACUGCAGAGAGCGCAAGAGUUGGCCGAACAGCGCCUUCAGAAUGAGCUGGUUGAGCAGGCCAUUGAACUCAACCGCAAGUACCUUCAUCAGGUGAAGGACCUCGUUGAGCGCGAGCGCGAGGGCCGUCUCAGCAAGCUCAACGAACUUACUGCCAACGUCAGCGACCUGGAGAAGCUUACCUCCGGCUGGAGGGAUGUCAUUGAUACCAACCUUAAGACUCAGCAGCUCCAGGUCGCCGUCGAUGCUGUCCGCUCUGUCCUCGAGCGCUCUACCGUUCCUCGGCCUUUCAUCCGUGAGCUUGUUGCCGUGAAGGAGCUGGCCGUUGAUGACGCCGUUGUCGAUGCUGCUAUUGCCUCCAUCAACCCCGCUGCCUACCAGCGCGGCAUCCCGGCCACGCCUCAAAUCAUCGAGCGUUUCCGUCGCGUCGCUGACGAGGUUCGCAAGGCUAGCCUUCUGCCCGAGGAUGCGGGUAUUGCCAGCCACGCCGCCAGCUUUGUCCUGAGCAAGGUCAUGUUCAAGAAGGAUGUGGUCGCGGGUAGUGAUGAUGUUGAGAGUAUCCUCGUUCGGACCGAGAACCUUCUGGAGGAGGGUAAGCUCGACGCUGCUGCCCGUGAGAUGAACAGUCUGACCGGAUGGGCCAAGAUCUUGAGUAAGGACUGGCUCAUCGAAGUGCGCCGUGUCUUGGAGGUCAAGCAGGCUCUUGAGGUCAUCGAAACUGAGGCGCGCCUUCAGUGCCUCCGAGUUGAAUAG